AUGGAAAAUGGACCAAAUCCGAACACUAAUGAAUCAUUAAUAGAACCGGUAGCUAUCAACCCUAGCGAUACACAUCAAUCAAGUUCGGAUUUGAAUGAAACUUCAACAACAAACAAAAACAGUUAUCUUUCAGAAUAUUCUCAAGAGCAAUAUAUAUCAAAACCACGCGGCAUUAGGACUAAUAUAUCAUUUACCGCUGAUAUGACAUACGAAGAUAUAUGUAUUGCCCUCAUCGAAGUAUUUGCAAAUUGCUAUGAUGAGGCUUGUGCAGAAUCAACUGUUAUAUCUGACUACUUAUCAGUUAGAGAUUUACGAACGAUAGUUAGAAACUUGAAUCUAUGUGAUACAUCCGACCUGUUUAAUCAGAGGAAGCCAUCUUUAUGUUUUAUGAUCCAAAGCUUCUUAAAUCAGCCAUUUAUGAAGCAUCUUCAUAUUAGAAAUACGACCCCUCCUCCUCAAGAAGAAAAAUCGAUCAAUUUGACACAAAUCGAUUUUUUCAUAAAUAAAAAGGAUGAUGAUGGCUCGCCUACUUCAGCUCAGUCACCAAAAAUAGAAUCACGUCAGGAGUUUACAGAUUCAAUAAAGGUUAUUCGCUUCAAAAAGAUUCCGACCCGUAAUGUAGAAAGUCCGAAAACUAUCCCUCCUCUUCAAGAAACGGUUCAAAAGGAUGUGGAAAGUUCUCCUAAGGAAAUACAACCAGUCCUUACCCCACCAGAUAUGAAUCAACCCCUUCAAACAGUUCAAAUGAUACAAAAAAUUAACUCAUUAGUUACUCAAAUGAAUUUAAGGAUAUCCGAAUUGGAAAAGGCUGUAGAACAUUUGGUAACUAGGCUCGAUGUAGUGGAAAAGAUCUUCAAGGCAAAUGAAAUCAAACAAGAGCGCGAAACUAAUGCAGAAAAGCCAUUAAUUAUAUAA